UACCAUAUAUUUUGAAUUUUUUUUAUAAUUUACAAUAUAUGUGUUAAUUUCCUUAUAUAUAUAUAUACUAAGAGGAAUUUACAUGAAAUAUGGGAAAAUUCACUAAAAUUUGAUAUAUAUGGCUUUUUUUUUGUGUGUGCAUUUUUUAUGGUUUUUUUUGUUGUUUUCCUUUUUUAUGGGUUUUGUUUUCCCAUAUUUAUCAAAAUAUUGCUUUUAUAUCCCAUAUUUUUUUGUAUACGUUUUUUUUUUCUAUAGGGGUAUUUUUAUGAGUAAAUUUUUGUCUUUUUAUUUUUAUUAUUAUUUUUAUUAUUUUGGUAAACAUUUUUGUAAGAAAAUUUUAAUUCAGUAGUGGUUUAUUAUGCAUUUAUGUGAUGGCUUUUUAGUCAUUUUAUGUGUUUUUUUUUAUUAUUUUAUUUUAUUUUAUUUUUGAAUUUUUUUUUUAAAGGAAAUCAAUUCCCAGUAUGCAUGCAGGUACUUGAGUACCCAGCCUUUAUCACGUUUUUAUCUUCUUCACGUUUUCUGAAUUUUAUUAGUAUAUUUUAUUAAGUAUCACAUUUUCUUCAGUGGUGAUUUGUGUUCUUAGUUUUCGUUCUUGUGUUAGGGUUUAUUUGAGUUCUUUGUUGUCGAUUUUCUGCCUUCUGUGCGUGUGUUUCGUCUCGGUGAGUACCUGGUUUCAGGUAUGUCUUUUUCUGUUUGCUUCAGUAUCACGUUUUUUAUAUAUCGUUUGGUUCAAAUUUUUUCUUUCUUUCAGCAUUUGGUUUUUUGUGUUGAUUUCUUCUUUUUUUUUCUUUUUCUUAGGAUUUUUAUAAGUUUCUCGUUGUGGAUUUGUGCCUCUUUGUGGUGUUUUCGUAUCGGUGAGUACCCGGUUUCAGGGUUUAUUUUAUUUUAUUUUUUUUAAUGUAAAUUGAUUGUUAAUUUUGCUUUGUAUUAUAUAUUUUUCUGUCGUGGGUGGUUGUUUUUUAAUCUGUGUUAAUGACGGUUUUUAUAUUUGGUGCACGAUUUUAUCGUUAGUUUUUUAGUGGGGUUUUUGUCAGUUUUUGAUCAGUUUAUUAUUUGGGAAGUUUAUGGGUAGUUAUUUGUAAUUUGUGCUCUAUAUAUGUGUAUAUCUGUUUUUCUUUUUUCAUUUGUGUUGUUUGUUUUUUUUUUUAUGUAGUGCAUUGAUAUUUCUCUUGCUCGAAUUUGUGUGAUGGAUCACUGUGGUGAAUGCGGUGGUGUUUCUGGUUCGGAGAAGAAAAUUUCUGGUAUAGUAGAGGAUGAAUCGAAGAAUGUAGGGGAUGAUAUUUGCGAGAUUCUUCCUCGAAGGAGUAACAUUACACAUUUGAAGUCUGUUGCAAGGAAGAAGAGUAAAUCCCCUUCCUCUGUUGCAAGGAAGACAAGUAAAUCGCCUUCCACUGUUAAACAGGCGAAGGAUUCGUGUGCAUCUGGUAGUAAGGAUGCUGGAGAUGAUUCUCAUGAGACUAAACAUGUUGUGGCUCAUUUAAAGAUAUACCCCUCCAAGAGGUUUGGUAGUAAGGUUCAACAUUUUAAUGACAAGAGUGUCAUUACUGACUUGAAAUCUAAGUUGACUAAAAGUCAGAAAUCAUUGUUUAAGAAGACCCCAUUUGGGCACUUUUUAGAAGUAUGUGAUAUUCAUUUUCAAACUCAACUUGCCCAGCUUGUGUUAUUGAGAGAGGUAUCUCAUGAGAGGGAGGAAGAGGAAAUGUGGUUUAAGCUUGGUCGUAGAGUGUGUAGGUUUUCUAUUGAAGAGUUUGCUCUAGUUACGGGUCUUAGAUGUGAUGGUGAUUUUGAUUUAAGUCGUUUUCAAAAAAAGAAGGUUUUGUUUAAGAAAAAAAUAUUUGGCCGUUUUGUUGGUAAGGUGUCGAAGUCUGAAUUACGCAAUGCUUUUAUUAGUAAGGAUCUAGUUGAUGAUGAGGAUGUUGUCAAAUUGGGUAUAGUUCAUAUCCUAGUUAACUAUUUGUACGGCUAUACUAGUGAUAAGUUGGUUGAUGAUUUCUUUUUUGAGAUGGUUGAUCGAGAUUUUUCUGAAUUAGCAAAUAUUAGUUUUGGCAAGUUUGUAUGGGAUAGGAGUUUUCAAUAUUUGAAAACUGCUUUGAAGGGUGGGAAUAAAAUCUUUGAUGGACUGUUCGUUGAUGGGAAGGUUGGCCUUCACCCUUACAAACUUCUUGGGUUUCCCAUUGCUUUUCUUGUAUGGAUUUAUGAAAGUAUAGCUGAGUUGAGUCCUGAGUUUUGUCAACGGGUUGGGAAAAAAUUUCCACGUUUGUUGAAUUGGAAGAGUACAGAUAAUGCGUUCUAUGCAAACUUGGUGGGAAAGGUUUUCAACAAUCAGAAGUUGACUAUCCUGAAUGUCUAUCCGUCUUCUGAGGAGAGAAAGAAACUGGCAGUAAAGAAGUUUAAGUUUGAGCCUCUAUACUUGCCGAAGGUGUGUGCUGAAGAUGGAGACAGUAGUCCGGGUACCCAGGUUGAUAGUGAAAAGUUGAGAUUGAUUUGUGAAUCAAUCUCAUCAAUAAAAGCAUGCCAAGAAACUAUUAUUAGUGACAUUGCAGUUAUGAGAUCUGAGUUCAUGGGGAAACUCAGUGAUUUAUCUGCAAUGAUUGCAAAAUUUGUUGCAAAAAAUUCUGAAAAAGUUGCAAAUUCAAGUGAUGAAAGUGCUGGUUUUAAUGAAGGGGAAAAGCCAGAUGAUUUUGAUAAUGUUUCCAGUCCUAUUUCUGAUGAUUCUAAGGUAACUUGUUUGUUUUUAUGCUUUAUUGUUUUUUUAACCAUUUUUAGUUGUAACCAGAUUGUUUUUUUUUUUUUUUGGCUAGGAUUGUGGAAAUGAUUCAGCUGAAGAGUCUGAUGAUAGUAAGGUAACUAGUUUAUUUUUCUUAAUAGUAUGUUUUCUUUCUGUAGUUGUUUAGUGUAACCAGUUAAUGUUGUAACCAGUUUCAUUAUUUCUUUUAGGGUGUUGAGAAGGAUUUAAAUGAAAAUUUUGAUGCUGUUUAUUCUGGGUUGGAGUUGUCAAAUGUUGUGGGUGGAGAUAAGGUUUUGUAAUUUAUUUUUGUUUUGUUUCUUGUAUUAUUUUAUUUAAAAUUGAAUUUGUUGUAAUUGAUUUUAUUUUUAUUCAUUAUAGGAUUUUACAAACAAGCCUGAGUUCAGUUCAGUUGGUUUAAGUUUUGAAGAAGUAUAUGUUGAUCCAGAGAUUUUGAGUGUUAUUGAUAGAACUGUUCAGUAUGCAGAAGGAGAAAAGAAAUUUACCGGGAGUAAGGAUGAUUGGAAGGUUGUGAUGGUUGGUGAUGAUGAUGAGGUUCCUGUUGCUAUUGAAAAGAGGGAGCCUAAACCUAGUACUCAUGUCAAGUCUCCUUUUGUUACUGAGUUUGGUUCUUCUGAUGUUAAAGAAACUGUGAAGAGGAAGGGAGUGGAAGUGGUGAUUGUUAGAGGAUUGGUUCCAUUUGAAAAUGAAAUAGGGCAGAAUGUUUCAAAGAAUGAUUGCCUGGAUUAUAUUUCUUGGAUUGAGGAUAAAAUGAAUUUUAAGAAUAAGUAUGUUUUUUUAUAUUUUCUUUAAUAUUAUUAUUCUUGAUAUUUAAUUGUUUGUUAAUAUAUAUAUAUUUUUUUUUGUUUUGAAGGAAGAAUAAAUUUUCUGAUGUCAAUAACAUUAUCAAUCCCCCAAUGGAUUAUUCAUUUGUUAAAAUUUCUGAGAAAAGGUGGUUUUACAAGCUUCAAACUUGUGGGGAGGAGCUUAUGGACACUGUAAGUAACCAGGUUCUUGUUAUAAUGUUUAUUUAGUAGUAUUUUUUUGUUUAGAUGUUUUUUUUUUGUUGAUCAUGUUUAAGUCAAGUAACCAGGUUCCUGUUAAUAAGUGUGUAAAAUAUUUUUAAAUUUUGGGUAGUAACCAGGUUCUUUGAAGCAUUGUGUGUAACUUGUUUUUUUUUUAUUAUAUAUUGGCUAGUAACCAGGUUCUUGGUAUAAUGAUUCUUAAUUAGUCUUUGUUUUGUUUAGAUGUUUUGUUUUUGUUGUUGAUCAUGGUUAAGAAAAGUAACCAGGUUCCUUUUAGUACUGUCUGUAAAUUGUUUUUUUUAUUUAUGGGUAGUAACCAGGUUCCUAACUUUUGUAUGUUUAUUUAUUUUUUGUAGCAUAUAAAUGUAUGUUUUUAUUACCUGAGGAAGAAGAUUAAGCUGGUUGAUGGUUUGAACAAGAGGGUUACAACUACAGACUCUUGGUUUGAUGCAACUAUCAAGGGUUUGUAUGAUAACUUUGUGGCAGCCAAAUGUGAUUCAAGCAUCAUUCGUUUUGAUAAUCUAAUUUCAGAUUACAUUAUUGGUGAAUAUUUGUUUUGUAACACUCCUUGGGUGGAUGUGGAUCAUGUUCUUUUUCCUGUGCAUGUGAAGGUUCAGUUGCAUUGGGUUUUUAUUCACUUUUCCAUUAAGAGUAGGAUGUUAACUGUCUACAAUUCUUUGACGGGGAAGAAGAAUGAGAGUAUUGCUUUGCCAUAUGUGAAGGCUUACUCUGUUGUUUUACCAUAUUUUCUAGAUUUUCUUGAUUUUUAUUGUUCUAGGAAAGAUUUGGACUUGAAUGUUGGUCCA